CAGUUUAUAGUAUUACGUGAAAAGUGUCUAGCGGAUUCUAGCGUGAUACCUUAAAGUCUCUAUAAUGUUACUUACGUUUAAGUUCGUUGUCGUUGCUAUUUGUUUAAGUGGAUUUUCGUUAUCAGAAAAGGUAGUACCCAAGUCGACUAGGGAAUACAUUGAGUUUAAAUUGAAAGAAACGAAGGAUCUGCUGAUCAAAACGUACGCAGAUCGUGCAAAAGAGAAUGACGUAGCAAGUAAUACAGUAGAUUGGGAGCAAUUAUGGACCGAUGCUCCGAGAACGAAACGACCGCGGGCGGUCAGUUUGUCCGAUCAAAUGUUUAUCAUAGACGGGAAACACGUGUUUUCCAUCGAUUUAAAUCCUGUCAAACCUAAUAACAAUAUUCACAUCGUCAGUGAAUUGGAUCUUGCAUCUGCGAAAGACGGCGUGCAAUUCGUAAAGAAAUUUUCCUGGAACGGCUGGAUAUUUCUACUCGUAUGCCAAGAAGACAGUUGCACGAACUAUCAGGGGACGGAUAUUUCACAUUUGGAAAGAAGGCAAAUAAUUCAGUACAAAGGUUUGUUCCCAGUGGACGCUUGUUUCUUCACUCGAGACGACCAUGUCUAUCUCAUAAUAUCGUACAAGUUGAACAAUGGCGUGACCAGCAAUGCUGCACCUUCAAAAAUCUAUCAAUGGUCAGGAGAAACGAUGAAAUUCACAACAGAAAUCCCGACACCCACGGUACGGGCAGUAUCGACUUUCAACGACGACCAAUCAACGAUGCUGCUCUUCGCUCUCGAGGAUAAUUUAAUCGACGGAGUAGGCAUGCACAUCGGCUGCGUCGUGUACGAACUGAAGGACAACAACGAAAUCGAGUUCUUAACGUUUCUACCGGACGCCGGCUCAGUAACGUCGAUUCAUCCGUAUAAUUACGACGGCGAGGAGUUUGCCCUGUUGACGAGCGACGACGGCUUUCGCGGAAUAUUCAUCUGGGAUGGUACCGAUUUGCAGAAAUGGAUUAGCGUACCCAACAUAAAGGCGUCGAGUCUGGUGAGCGUAGUUCACGUGAAAAAUGAAACUUUGUUGUUCGUUUGCAAUACGGAUGCGCUGCACAUCUAUAGGAUAGUGAAUCGCGAUUGCAUCCAUUUGAACGAUUUGAUAUUGAGCGACGGGCAGCGAGUUGUUGAAAUCGCCGUAUGGGAAUAUGAAAAUUCAUUUAUGCUCGUACUAAUAAAGCUCAAUCCAGACGGCACUUAUUCGAUUGAACUUUGGCAAUUGACUUUUCAUGACGAACAGGCCGGUAAACUAAUAAACGAAGCGGUAAAGUCCGACGAUGUGUGGAACUGUUUCACUGAGCUGAAAUCCUUGUUGGAUAAGCGAACGCCUGUUAUCGAGAAUAUGAAAAAGAGCUGGUCGAAACUCGCGCCCGUUUCGAAAAAUUCAACGACGCCUUUGCAAAUCCCAGAGUUAUUCUUGGACGGAGGAAGUUUAUCUCUGGUGGAAUUCGAUAAUCCAGACAAUUUGAACGUAUCUAGUCCCUUAGAUAUAAACGAUGAUUUGAUGAAGUUGGAAAAAACCGUCGAUGCAAUGUUAAAUUCGUCCACGAGUGUUCCUGUUUCCGAUGAUCCGGUUACUUUUUCAGGAAAAGUAGAGGUGGAAGGAGACGUGAUCGUCGACAAUUUGUACAUCGAUAGCUUGGACGUCGAGUAUUUAAACGAUCAGAGAUUAAAUACGGACGAUUUCUUGAUUUCCGGAUCGAACCAAAGCUUUGGCGCAGCCUUGGAGGCUGAAACUAUUUAUAUCGACAGGCUCGAGGUCCCAUCACUUUGCGGACUCGACAGCGAUCAUUGGCUGCGAGUUAAUGAUAGGCGCAGAACUCGAUUGGAUAAUAUCAUAGAUCGAUCGAUGAUUUAUAAUGACACAAUUUCGCUCGAGAGAGACUUGACGUUGAAUGAGUUGAAUGCAGAGUUUAUCAAUGGCGUAAAUAUUACCGAUUUCCUGGAGAGUGUUUUUGUGAUCGGAAAGAAUCAAGUUAUCAGGGGUAACUUAACUUACAAGGGUUUGGCGCAAGUGUCGAGGCUAACCGCGAGCAAAGUGAACAACGUCUCGUCGACGUCGUUGAUAACCAGGUACACUAAUCAGAGCUUGGGUGACGUGUACAUCGAAACUCUGAGCGUAAACGAUCUGCGCGUUGAAAAAAUCAACGGUGUACCUAUAGACCAAGCGGCCAGGAUGUCACAAGAGAACGUGGUGAAAGGAAAAGUAACGAUCGGCAAUCUCAUAAUCACCGAUGAAGCAAUCUUCAACGACAACGCCACCCUGCCGUUCACCCUGUCGACUCAAAUAUACGACGAGAUCCUCAUCAACGGCGAUGUCUACGUCAACAACUUGGAAAUCGAAGACAAAGCGACUCUGACACUCGGUGACGACAUCCUGAGCGCGCACAACAUCCACGACAUUGUCGAAAAUUCGUGGAGCAAAUCUUCCGACCAAACGAUCAAGAAUCCCAUCAGCUUCCGAAAAGGUGCGUCUAUCGACGAAUUAUCUUGUCAGUAUCUCAACGGCCUCGGCAAAGACGAUUUUCUCUACGUGGACGAAAAAGCUCUCACCGAUCUCGAGAACGUUACUUUCAUGAAUUUCCACUUCGACACUGUCGUCAACGAGAGCAUCGGAAUAGUGGAAAAUUUCUACGAGGAGUCUUCCGACAUGAUCACUUUCCACCGAACCGUAAGUUUCAGUCAUUUGACGGUGGAUAAUAUCAUCGCCGAUACUUACAAUGGGAUACCGAUUUCGAAACUUAUGGAAGCUAACGAUUCCUUGGAAUUCACUGGGGUCACCGAAUUCGAGGCUGUGCGGGUCGAUGGGAUAAUGACCGUCGACGAUCUUCGAGUUAAUCGUAUCAAUCAGAAAUAUUCGUUUCCGAUACAUCAGGCUCUGAUGACUGGACAAGACUUGUACGUAGGAACGAUAAAAGCCAACGAUGUUAACAUGAGAAAUGUCCAGGUGGACAAUCUUAAUGGGCACGAUCUGGAAAAGGCUUUAUUAGCUCAAAUAGAUUUUGCAAAUAGAACGGAUAAUGUUUCAUUCACGAUCGACGGUGAGUUAGAAAUCGAAGAUAGAUUGGAGGUGGACCUGAUCAACGAUCAAGAACCACUAGACUACAUCGACGUUUUCAAGGACGUCAAUUUGGUAGAUCUGAUCGAAACUAAGGGCAUAGAGAACCUGCGAAUCGCGGAAGAUCUCAAUGUCGCGACGCUCAACGGACAGAACAUCGAGGAGCUUUUCGAUGCAGCCCUGUCCAAGAGUAGCAGACAAAUAAUCCCCGGUGAAUUCGAAGCAAUCGAUGUCACUGUGAAGUACCUCAAUGCUGAGAAGAUAAACGACAAAAAGUUGUCUGAACUAAUGUACACCGAUGAACCAUGCAUCAUCCACGGGAACGUAUCAUUUUCGGAGCUUCGAGUCCACGGAGACAUCGUUACGAAAACCCUCAAGGGUAAGCUCAUAUCCGAGAUUCAAGAAGAGCAACGAGUGAUACCCAUGAACGACAAGAUAAGUCUUCACGUUUUCGGCGAAGUAACCUGGGACGAGUCGUCGAAUGAAUUGUACUCUGUCAGCUACUUGCUGAAUAACGCCAUCACGAAACACGAGGAUCAGGUUAUCAACGGCAGUGUCACCUUCCAACAGUCCGUCGCUAUAGACACUCUACACCUGCGGAACGAGGAUUCUUUUGUUCUGCGAAAAAUAAAAGAAGUCAUUGACGAUGCUGUUGUCGACUCUGCACACGGAGAUACAGUCGUAAUCACGGGUACGAAGAUCUUUAAAAGUCAACUGACUGUCAGUGAUCUGGUAGUUACGAACAAUAUAGACGUUAGAACCGUUAACGAUCUCGACUUCGAGGAUGUCACCUCUCAAAUUUUCCAAAAGUACAAGAACGACACAGUUUCCGGACAAGUGACGUUCCUUGCAGAAGUCGAAAUAGGAAAUCUGAUAACUUCGAAGAAAAUUCACGGAGUUCCAUUGUACGAACUUGCUACGAUAGAUAAAAAGCUGCCAGAACAUUUGCACUUUGAUCACCUGGUCGUACAGGGUAACGUCAGUUUGUUCAAGCUCGAUGGCGUCGAGUUUGAUGCGUUUAAUAAAAAGAGGAUUGACAUUCGCGAGGAUCACGAGAUUUACGGGGACGUGCAGUUCGAUGAUACCGUUGAGGUUAAAAACGAGAGUUUUGUAUUCUCCAUCAACGGAAUUAGGCCGACUAAUCUAGUUGAAAACGAUGCUACUGGAAUCCCUAAUAUAAUUUAUGGUAACAAAGUUUUUGAGUCCGAAGUUUUGGUUUUACAAGACGUAGAGACCACUUCUAUAAAUAAUAUAAGCAUAAGCGAAAUGUUUGGAAACAGUAUUUACAAUGACCAAAACGUUACAAUCGAAGGAAGCUUGAUUUUCGAAAACGACGUCGAAGUGUUGGGUAACAUGAACGUUUCAGGCCACAUAAAUAACGUCAAACCGGAUCAACUAGUCGAAGCUCAUUUACUACAGAUGCGAUCAGCAGUAAAUGUAUUUAACAAAGAGGAAUCUUUGCUUGAAAAUUCGAUUCUCAAAUCUCAAAAGUUAUCGUUGCCUGUAAAAGUGAUGCUGUACCUAGAAAAAGAUGAGAUUCUAGAUAUACAGUUGCCACGAGUAUACAACAUCAAAAGUACACCGAUCAACUCGUCAACUCGAUUAGACGUCUACGCAAGGGAAUCCGCAGAUUUCUGCGGACUACCGUUCGACUGUUUUUGCAGAAGGCAAUACGUCGUCGAAAUCUCGUCGUUGGGAAACCAUACGAUAAAGGAAAAAACCAAUCCCGAGAUCGCGUUCAAUUUUUACGAGUCAAACCGACUUUUCGGUCUCAAAGUCAUGACCGUGAGUGUCUCCAGCAACGAACGAUGUUCGAAACAGUCAAACGAACCCGAGAGCACUCAAGUAUUUUGGGUAUCAUUCGAAGGCGACCUGGAAAAGCAAAGUCAAGAACCGGUGCUCGAAAUCAACGGUUUCGUUGCAGAUGCGCAAGCGUUCCUCGUUAACGAUCGUAUAUACCUAAUCCUCGCUAUAUUCUACGACAAAGCCGCAAAUAGUCACGCAAUUGAUUCUCUUGUCUACGAGCUUGAUUUCCAAACUAAAAAAGCAAUCGCGCUACAGCACAUAGCAACAGACGGCGCGAAGGCUUUACACGUUUUCCGGAUCGUCGACAUUGGUGUCUACAUGCUUAUUGGUUGCGUGAAAGGAAAAGCCGAGUCGCUGCUUUUCCGAUUCAAUCCGGACACUCGGCAAUUUCAGCUCGUUCGCAGUUUUUCAACAGGUGGAAGCAGACACAUUGGCUCUGUCAGCGGAAGCGACGAUAAGAGUUUCGUAAUCUUGAACAAUCCUGAUAUCGAGGCGCUACAAAUAUUCGCAUACGAUCGGGCUUUUGAUAAUUUUUACGAGUAUCAGAAUUUGUAUUUUGACUCGAGGGUGACGAGUCUAAAUGUGUUUUACGCCGGAGAUUUCGAUAACAGCGAUGCUCUCGUUACUGUUACCACUAAGGAUGGCUCGUUUUACGUCUACGAAUACUUGCUCAUGGGGAAAUUCCAGUUAAAAAUCUCACACUGGCAAGAGGAUAUACAAGUUUUAUCUCCAUUCCGCUACUUGAAUCGAAAUUAUUUAUUCGCUGGAUUAAAAUACAACAGUACUGUGUUUAGGUUUAUCGAACAGGGGCUUGAUUAAGAAUUACGAUUUCAUCCGUUUAAUGUUCAAAUAUUAUGUUCGUUGUACGAAUUUGUGUUUUCGUAUUUAUUUAUUUCUAAGUUUUAGAGAAAAAUAUCGUUGUUAGAACAAUGUUAUUCAAGGUGUGCCAAAGGAGAAAAGAUCUGAACCAGGAAACACAAGAAAAACUCACUAAUUAACAAAGAAAACAUAUUUAUCUAGUAAUUUAUGUUGUAAUAUGGAGAUUCAACAUUUUUAAUACAUGUUAUUCUUGCUAAAUUGCAAA